AUGGCCGAUCACGUCGAUAAACGCCCAAGGCUCGAUCAGUCGCAAGACGCGGCCACCAUGAGUCAUGUCUCCUCGAGCAAUGAUGGGCCAACACCUGCGACAAAACCCCAUUCCUCCAGGUCGGAGCACCGUCGUCGCUUUGAAUGCACCUAUGCUGGAUGUGGCCGGCAUUAUUCACGCGCAGAGCACCUAUACCGCCAUCAGCUAAACCAUAAUCCCAAGGAAAUAUUCAAGUGUGAUUUCCCCGGCUGCUCCCGGACUUUUGUGAGACAGGACUUGUGUAUCAGACAUAGAGAGCGCCAUGAAAGCCGUGGCAAGUUGUCCUUGGGUCAAAAUUCCAGCACUCGAGAACCUUUAUCGCCACGCUCGUCUGUCAGCGACGAUGCGACCUCACCAUCGCGGAAUACGUUUGCCCCACCAAUGCCCGUUUCUAACACUGUUCAGCCUUCCAUGGUCCAUCGUUCCUCCUUCUCCGAGCCAAAAUCCAAACCUAUGGAGCCCCCAGCGUCCGUCUCUCACGCUUCUCCUGACUUGAGCCGUACCACAAGCCAUCAAUCGCAGAAUCCCCCUCCCGUCCAGUCUCUACACGAUUCGUCCGCCAGUCCUGUGAACCAGACUUCUCUCCAGUCCGGCGUCUACGGCUUGUCGCGGAUUCCAUCUGGUGCUGGGUUGCCGCACGAACGUUCUCUGAGCUUCAGUGAUGCUGCCUUCAACAUGCUCGACUCGAAUGGCGUAGGCAAACGCCCCCAGGCUCAGAGGGCUCAAUCAUCUAAUGAGAACAAACUCCCCGAGAGUUCUAUGCCUCCUUUUUCAAUAGCGAGCUUUGGAGAGCAGAGCUUCAACGAUUCCCCAAAUUCGAUCAGGGAUGAGUUCACAGCUUGGCUCUUUGACGAUGGCGCUAAUCUCCCCCCGACUGGUUUCCCAAUGGGCGUGCAGUCGACCUUGGGCUUCCAGAACUUCAAUGACUCGUUCAGCAGCGGCAUCUACACCAAUUACUUUGCCGACCCCGCCUUGGAAAACGCAUACCCGGGCAUGAUGUUUCAACGUCAACCCGAACCUGCGAACAAGCUCCCUGAGCUCUCUAAUGACACCAGCCUCCUCUCGUACUCCAAGCGCAAAGCCCUUUUGACAUUGAUGGAAUUUCGUUUCAACGACUCUGACAAUUUAUACAUUCGACAGCUCAGAGAAGAGAUCUUUCAGGGAAAUCUAGACGCAGAGGAACACGUGCUCAGCGUACGAUCAUUGCAACAUUAUAUCGGCUCUUACUGGUAUCAUUUCCAUGCUCAGAUGCCCAUCCUCCAUCAGCCGACAUUCUCUGCCGAUGACACUCAUGACUUCCUUCUCUUAGCUGUUAUGGCUAUUGGCGCAGCAUAUUUGAACAAAGCUCAUGGCCGUCAAGUCACCGAUGCUGCGGCACGUUUAGCAACAUUCAUCGCCUGGCAUUUGCGCUGGCAGGUAUUUAUGCACAACGACUUCCACCCUCCAGCGAAGCUAUGGGUGUUUCAAACUUUGUUGCUGCUCGAAGUGUAUGAGAAAAUGAAUGCCACGAGGGCUUUACACGAACGUUCUCAUAUUCACUAUGCAACCACGAUCAAUUUGAUGAGACGUGGGACCAACCUGAUUGAGACACACCCGGACGGAAGCCGGGCUCCUUCUACGCCCGAGGAAUGGUGGAGCCGAUGGAUCAAAGCAGAAGCCACGCGGCGCGCCGCAUACGCCGCAUUCUACCUCGACGCAGUUCAUGCCACCAUGUUCGGACAUGCGGCCAUGAUGGUGGUCCACGAAAUACGAUUGCCGCUGCCCUGUGAUGACGCACUUUGGUCUGCUACGUCAGCAGCAGAGGUCAGCCGAGUUGAAGCAAGCUUACAUGCCAAUGGCGUCAAGCCAACCACGUUUCUAGAUGGACUCAAGAAGACACUGACGGGCAGAAAAGUCCGGACCAACAACUUUGGCCGGAUGAUCUUGAUGGCCGGCCUUAUGUCGGUCGCGUGGCAUAUGAAUCAACGAGAUCUUCAAGUCACCAGCCUUGGGGUGUCUCAAUCCAUGGGUGUCCCUGGCGAUGGCUGGCGAAACCCUCUCACCAAAGCAUUUGAAUUCUGGAAGAAGGAUUUCGACGAAAGUAUCGAGCACAUGCGGAAGGCUUCCUUGCCAUGGCAGAAACCUGACGCUGCAUCCGGUGAGGAGGACAUGGCUAAAGCAGCCAAUAUGCUCCAUCACUUGAGCCACAUGACCAUGCACGUCGACAUUAUGGACUGCCAGAUAUUUGCUGGCACCAAGAGACUCUUUGGCCGCAACAUCAACAACUCAGACUAUGAGAGAGUCAAGUCCAAGAUGUUUGAGUGGGCCAAAGGUCCAGGCGCUAGAGUCGCCGUAUUCCACGCCCUCCAACUUCUCAAGCCUGUCAUAUCCGUUGGCAAGGAUGGGAGCAAGAAGCUUUACAGCGCUCGUGAUGACUACAUCCUCACGCGCCCGUGGAACUUGUACUUUGCUGCACUUGUUGUAUGGUGUUAUGGGUUCGCUCUCGACGGCGUUUUGAGACCUUUCCCUAGCUUGAUCCAAGCAUCCGUCUCGCCAAAUCCCAUGUCAAACUUGGCACAUGCUUCCAGUCACUCGAUGUUGAACAUGGCCCACGACGGAAGCGACUCGGAGCUAGAUGUCGUGGUAAAGGAUGCACAAGCUUUCUUUUCCACGAUCGGGGGCGUCAAAACUCCUCAAGCUCUAGAGUCCUUCAAGGAUGGCAGGAACAACAUAGUUGGAGUGUUGGCAAUAUUGGAACUCGCAUUUCGUGAUUCCAGAUGGGAACUCUUGCACGAAGCCGCCAACCUCCUCCGAAACGCAAUCAUGUUGUUAAGGGGAGCCAAUCGCACGUAGGGUUGAAAGUUGUAUAUGUGCGGGUGUCCGUGAGGCUAUUGCAUUGUUUUAGACAAACCGAAUCACAUGGCGUCAAAGGCAGCGCGGACUCCGAGCGGCCAGAGAAUCAUGCGACAGGGAGUCAC